AUGGAUCCAUUGAAUCCAUACGCCGACAACAAUAUCACUUUAAACAUAUCGUCAAUGCCGGCACUCGAAGCCCUGGGCCAUACCUAUCGGGUAGUACUGGCCAUACUGUACUCGGCUACCGCUUUGUUGGCCUUCAUAUUGAACUUAGUGGCCGCCUGUGUAUUGUUAUAUAAUAAGCGAUCGUCGGCCGAUCUGAGGAAAUACCUCAUGAAUCUGGCCUUUGCCGACAUAUUGAUGGCCAUAUUUUCCAUACCGUUUUCGUAUACCGAUUUUAUGUACGGCCGCUGGAUAUUCCCGUUAUUUUUGUGUCCAAUUAGCAACUUUAUACAAGUAGUGGCCGCCUGUCUAGUAAUCUAUACGCUAAUUGCAAUCGGUAUUGAAAGAUAUUUUGCUAUUGUWUUCCCAUUGAGAUCUCGCUAUUGGUUUGAAUCGCAAACCAAUUUCAUGAUUGCAAUCAUUUGGAUGGUAAGCCUGGCCAUCGGCUCACCCCUACUGCUGGUAUGCCGUGCCGUACACUUUCGCUACAAUGGACAGGAAUAUCAUGACUGUCGGGAGAGCUGGGAGGGCGAAACAACCGGCAAAAUAUAUACCGSKRUUAUAUUUGUGUCGACAUUUCUGGUACCGUUCCUCGCCCUGAGCUUUCUCUAUACGUCGAUUGGYGUGAAAACAUUCAAACAUAUAAUACCCGGUAAUGCAAAUAUGGCCAGAGAUGAGGCACAGCUUAGGACUAAAAUUAAGGUAGUGAAAAUGUUGUGCACACUGGUCUCAUCGUUUGCCAUUUGUUGGAUGCCAUUGCAGAUCUUCAAUCUGGUCCUAUGGCUGUUUGAUGACUUACGAUUGGGACUGACAUCACAGCAAUACUACUUUUUUGUCUAUUCAUACUUUUUAUGCCACUUUCUAUCGAUAAUACACUCCUUAAUCGAUCCACUAAUCUAUUGUUUUAUGAGCAAAAAUUUUAAGUUGGAGGACAUCAAGAAAGUGAUUUGUUGCGGUCGAUGCCGACGUGUUAGCUCCGGAUCUAAUGAUCUCAUGUCUCAGACAACCAUAUCGAUGGUCAACCGUAAGUCCCAUAACGACCUGCCGUCACAACAACUCAACUGUCAAACCCUAAUGUGA